AGCCGGGCGGGCACGUUAGGAAGCGAGGCUGGGGCGACGGUAGCAGUGAAGGAUGCACCCGUCAGGGUUGGCGGCGGCGGGGACGCCCCGGCUGCGUAAGUGGCCCUCAAAGCGGAGGAUCCCUGUGUCCCAGCCAGGCAUGGCUGACCCCCACCAGCUUUUCGAUGACACAAGCUCAGCCCAGAGCCAGGGCUACGGGGGUCAGCGAGCACCUGGAGGCCUGGGCUACCCCUCAGCCUCCACCUCCCCACAGGCAGCCUUCCUGGAUGACCCUGUGUCCAACAUGGCUAUGGCCUAUGGGAGCAGCCUGGCCGCUCAGGGCAAGGAGCUGGUGGAUAAGAACAUUGACCGCUUCAUCCCCGUCACCAAGCUCAAAUAUUACUUUGCUGUGGACACCAUGUAUGUGGGCAAAAAGCUGGGCCUGCUCUUCUUCCCCUACCUGCACCAGGACUGGGAGGUGCAAUACCAGCAGGAUACACCAGUUGCCCCCCGCUUUGAUGUCAAUGCUCCGGACCUUUACAUUCCAGCUAUGGCUUUCAUCACCUAUGUCUUGGUGGCUGGCCUUGCACUGGGGACCCAGGAUAGGUUCUCCCCAGACCUCUUGGGGCUGCAGGCAAGCUCAGCCUUGGCCUGGCUGACACUGGAGGUGCUGGCCAUCCUGCUCAGUCUCUACCUGGUCACUGUCAACACCGACCUUACCACCAUUGAUCUGGUGGCCUUCUUGGGCUACAAAUAUGUCGGGAUGAUCGGUGGAGUCCUCAUGGGCCUGCUCUUUGGAAAGAUUGGCUACUACCUGGUGCUGGGUUGGUGCUGUGUGUCCAUCUUUGUGUUCAUGAUCCGGACGCUGCGGCUGAAGAUUCUGGCAGAGGCAGCGGCCGAAGGAGUCCCAGUGCGCGGGGCCCGGAACCAGCUGCGCAUGUAUCUGACCAUGGCCGUGGCGGCGGCCCAGCCUCUGCUCAUGUAUUGGCUCACCUUCCACCUGGUGCGGUGAGGCACCUCCCGCUAUCGCCUCACUUUUCUCCGCCCAGGGCCCAGGUCCGCCCAGCCUGGGCCGGCGCCGCCCCCGCCCCAGGCCCUCCCUCCUCCGCCGCGGGGCUGGGAGAUCUGCGACUGCUUAGGCGCGGCCUCUGUUACAGAAACAAUAAACCCUGAUGGGCUCGGCG